CCUUUGCUUCAAUAAUUGCAUUGAUAAUUCUUAGUGCUUUCCUGACUCGAUGGGGCCCUCCCUUUGGUUCAGUAAUUGAAUUUUGGUUCUUAAUUAUCGCUUUCCUCGAAAGCCACGAAACAAGCUUCUUCCGUGAAGGUUUUUGGAAGCCAUGGUGGAUAAGGUGUUAGAAUUGGGUGCACCGAUAUUCCAAAACAUUGUUGCACGGCUAUGCCCAAACUUGGAAGAAAAAAGGAAGACUCUUCAGAAAAAUAUACGAUUACUGAAAAAUCGAAAAGAGGAUGUUGAUGAAGAAUUACGUCAUUCUGGAAAAAAACGCAAGAGAGAGGUUGAAUAUUGGAUGAAUAAUGUUGAAAACAUUAUAAAAGAGUUUGAAACCUUGGAACCAAUAAGCAGCAGAUUUUAUCAUGUUUUCAAACGACAAAAGUUGGCCGAACAGCUUGAAAGAAUGAUUGAGGAAGCGACGGAGCUCCGAGUUGAACGAAGAGAUUUUCCUAGCGGGCUUUUUCUGGAGGUUAAUGAGAGUGUUGGCCCGCUAUCGUUAACAUCCCAACGGAAUGGCCAAGCAUUUCAACAAAAUUUAGAUGACGUUUGGACAUCAUUAAUGGAUGACGGCAUCUUAAGCAUUGGCAUUUAUGGAAUGGGGGGAGUAGGCAAAACGACUCUGGCAAUGCGUGUACAUGAUAAGCUCUUAAAUGAACCCACAUUCUCGGGUCAUGUUUAUUGGGUCACUGUCUCUCAAGAGUUCAGCAUUGACAAAUUGCAAACUGACAUUGCCCAAGCAUUGAAACUAAAUUUUUCGUGUGGGAGUGAUGAGAAGAAAAGGGCAGCUCAACUCUUCCAGGAAUUCAAGAAAAGAGGGAGAUUCGUACUUAUACUGGAUGAUGUUUGGAAACGAAUUGAUGUAGAGAAGAUAGGUGUUCCUUUUGAAAGGGAUGGAUGUAAGUUGGUCAUAACAAGUCGAUCAGAAGAAAUUUGUCUUUAUAUGUGCUGCAAAAAGAUUAUAAAAGUGAACACACUUUCUAAGCAAGAAGCUUUGGACUUAUUCUUGAAGACACUUGACUGUGGUGAACCUUCUUUAGAAGUAAAAGAGAUUUGCAAGAACAUGGUAAACAAAUGUGGUGGUUUGCCACUUGCACUCAUCACAUUGGCUGGAAGCAUGAGGGGCGUGAAUGACAUUCAUGAAUGGAGAGAUGCAUCGGAAAGACUGAAAGAAUCGCGCAUGAGACAAGCCGGCAUGGAAAUUGAGGUUUUUCCAAUUCUCUUGUAUAGUUAUCAAAGGUUGAGGGAUACAAGGCUACAACAUUGUUUCUUGUAUUGCUCCUUGUAUCCUGAAGAUUUUCGUAUUUCAAGAGAAGAAUUGAUUGGACAUUUCGUUUUAGAAGAGCUGAUGGAGCGAAGAUUAAACUUGAAAGCUGAAGUAGACCAAGGUCAUGCAAUACUAAAUCAGUUGGUGAGAGCUUGCUUAUUGGAAAGUGAUUCAUACGGGAAGCUGAAGAUGCAUGAUUUAGUCAGAGAGAUGGCAAUAGGGAUCACUAAAGACAAGCCGAGGUACAUGGUAAAAGCUGGACUUCACUUAAAGGAAUUACCAGAGGAGCAAAAGUGGACAGAAGAUUUGGAUAAGGUUUCCUUGAUGGACAACUCUAUAGAGGAAAUUUCACCUGGCACGUCACCUAAGUGUCCAAGUCUUUCCACCUUGAUCUUGAGAGAAAAUCCUCUACGAUUGAUUGCAGAUUGUUUCUUUACGCAAAUGUGUGGGUUACGCACUCUCGAUUUAAGUGAAACUGAAAUUGAGAGCUUGCCAAAUUCCAUAUCAGACUUGGUGAAGCUUAAUGCAUUAGUGCUCAUAGGUUGUCUUUUUCUGGUAUCAGUGCCAUCGUUGGAAAAGCUCAAGGAAUUGAGAUAUUUGGGGCUCUCAUUUACUAGUAUUAAAGAAGUAACCCAAGGUAUGGAAAGCUUAACCAACCUCAAGUGCUUAAGUUUGUUGUGUGAUGGACUAAAGAUGAUACCGACGGGGACUUUGCGUAGACACACACAUCUUCAGCAGCUCGAGUGGCCAGAUCAUUUAGAUGUACCGAUGGAAGAAGUUGAGACAUUGAAACAGUUGCAAGUUUUGACAUGCAGGUUAAAUAGCGUACAUGAUCUCAAUCGGUUAAUCAACUCACGACGAAUUUUCAAGCCACUCUAUUUCUACCAUAUUACAGUUGGUUCUCAAGUAAUAGAAAAAGAAACAGAGAUCUAUUUUCCACGUAAACUUUUACAUUUUGGAGAAGAUGUUCUCAAGGAAUCCUCUUUAGACACGGAUGAGAAUAAGCUGUCGGAAGAUAUCAAGAAUUUAUAUUUUUCAAGAAGUGGCUUGAGUGGUUGUUUAUUGGACGAAUUUCCAACUUUGAGUUCUGCUAGAAAUUUAAAGGAAUGCACGAUAGAAAGGGAGGAUAAAAUAGAGUGCAUUAUGAGGUUAGAGGAAGAACAACAAUCUAGAGGGGUCCCAUUCCAAAGCCUUGAAAGGUUGGAUCUGACUGAAUUGCCAAAUUUAAUUGGUCUCUUCAAGUGGGAAGCAGUUGCUGCACCUCUUCCACAUGGAACAUUUUCCUGUCUCCGAUGGUUAAGGAUUCGUGGCUGUCAUAAAAUCAAGAAGGUUUUCCCUCAGAGUUUGGUACAUAAUUUUCAUAACCUCGAAUACUUGGAUGUCCAGGACUGUGCACAAAUGGAGGAGAUAAUAGAAGAUGACGAAAAUGAAGGAGUUGAUAUCACAUUGCCAAGGUUAAAGAGCUUUUAUCUAAAGAAUCUGCCACAAGUAAAGAGCAUCUGUAAGGGAAAGAUGCUUUGUGAUUCCAUUGAGAACAUUACGUUGGGGGGCAUUAAAAAUAUAAAAGAAUUCCCUUUAUAUUUACCGCUACUCGAUGGACAGCUAUCUCCUCCUUCACGUCUUGCAUUAAUCCAUGUAAUUGGAGACAAAGAAUGGUGGAAAUCAUUGGAGUGGCCUCAUCACAAUGCCAAAAAUGUAAAAGUUAAAACUCGAAAGUAGCAUAUAUGCUUCUCC